AUGCCUCCGAGGCACCUUGGCCCACUCUACGUGGACAUCAAUCUGCAUAUCCACAGCAUUCCACAGGUGAACGUGCGUAGCAUGGAACUCGGUGUUGUGCUGACCCUUCGACAACGCUGGCGCGACCAGCGCCUGCAAGUCAGUGAAACAGACAUUCCAAACAGCAGUCAUAUGACCCAGGGAUGGCUGUCCAAGCGCAUUUGGCUGCCCGACGUGUUCUUCGUGAAUGCUCGCAGUGGAACGCUGCAUCAGGUUACCCAGCCGAAUGAAAUGCUCUGGGUCCACGACAACGGCGUAGUUGUCUACAGCCAGAAACUCACCCUGCGUCUGUUCUGUCGCAUGACCUUCUGGAAUUUCCCCAUGGACAUUCAAACAUGCUCCAUCCUCAUCAGCAGCUAUGGGCAUGCAAAGCGUGACCUCGAACUGCGAUGGUGGAACACGAAAUAUCAUCAUAUUGCCGGCAAUCCGAGUCAGCCCAUUCAACAGCAUCUUGCGGUGGAAAUAAACGAGGAAUUGGGGCUGAACGAAUUCAACCAGCCAGUAUAUGCCUUCCGCGAUUGUAACAACACCAGUGUCGUGACAGGAGUCUUUCCCUGCCUCGAAUUGGAGCUGCGACUGGUUCGCAAGUACGGAUUCUACAUCAUCUACGCCUACCUACCCUCAAGCCUGGUUGUCCUGAUCGCCUGGCUGGCUUUCCUCAUUGAUCCCCGAGCUAUCCCCGCUCGCGUCUCCCUGGGUUUGCUUUCCGCUAUUGCGCUCAUUACCCACAAUGCGUCCCUUCUGGUUCACCUGCCAAACGUGUCCUACAUCAAGGCCAUCGAUCUCUGGUUCUUCGUUUGCCUAGCCUUUGUUUCAAGCACUUUGGCAGAAUCAGCUCUAGCCAAUCGAAUGUGCAGAUGUGCGGCACGGAAGAAGGGAGAUCAGUUUGCACAAUCAACGGCAGGCCAGUUGAGUCGCCUGACUGGCUGGAAGAAGCAUAACAGUGUCAGUCCAGAGGAAACCACGAAGACGGAUUCCCCGCAGGCCACCGUAGAAGCACCCAAUCAGUCGGCUGAUAAUAAGGAUGACAUCAAAGUCAGAUGGAUGGACACAGUCUGUUUGUGUGCUUAUCCAGUCUGUUUCCUGCUGUUUAACACAAUCUACUGGCCAUUGUAUGCUGGCGGGUAA